AUGUUCGACGCGCGAUAUGAAGACACAUGGCUGGUCGUAGGCGCAUCACGAGGCAUCGGGCACGAGUUUGUCCAGCAGCUUCUGGAUCGAGGCAACAGGGUGUAUGCGACUGUACGAAAGGAUGCCGCGUCAUUCUGGCCAGAACACCAGAAGCAGGGCCUGUGCCGCGUUUGGACGUGUGAUAUAACGUCGCAGUCGAGUAUAGAAAACUUCGUGGACGAGCUGUCAUCUCUGUCGGACGAUGCGAUCAGUGGCGUGAUCAUCAACGCCGGCGUGCUCAAAUACCCAAGCAGAGCCACGGAGAUGUCGUUUGACGACUUUACAUAUCAUCUGAACACCAAUGCAGUCGGGCCCAUCAUCUGCGCGCAGGCCUUGCUGAAAGCCGGGGUUCGGCUAGAUAAGAUCACCUUCAUCUCAAGCGAUUCAGGAUCUGCGCAGAACUUCCUCGAGAUGGAGGAUGGCUUCGCAGCGUAUGCGGCUUCGAAGGCAGCUCUCAACCAAGCGCUCAGGCACAUGGCAGCUGAAGUGAAACGGAGGCGCCGGCCGACCGUCAUCCUGGCUUUGCAUCCUGGUGAGGUGAAGACGGACAUGGCUAAUAUCGAUGUUGAUUGGGAGGUGGAAGGUCAAAUGACACCUCAAGAGAGCGUUGAGGCGUGUCUGAGGGUCAUUGACAGCAAAGGGAGUGAGGACAAUGGGACUUUCUGGACUUGGGAGAAUAGGCCGUACCCGUGGUGA